UAUCCAUGAAAUAAAUGUUAAAUCAUUAUUUUCUCACUGCAAAGCUCUGAAGAGGUUGUUAAAGGAAUACUACUUCAAACUGGAAACACAGAAAUUGAUCCACCCACGUUUUCAGUCUCUGACUCCCAUUUUGCCAAGUAAACGACACAACAUGGUACCCACAUCUCUUACUCUUCUUACCUUUACGCGUCUUCUUUCAGAGGUUUCUUUGUAGGUGGAACUUGAGAUCCAAAGAACAACAUUAAAUCUGCCAUCACCCACUUUCCCAUGGGAAGAGAAAACAGAGAAUAGCUUAUAGAAAUGGCAAGAAUAAGAACAUCUAGAAAAUGGUUCGACAUGGUCCGAAGAAAAUUCUUCAGAUCAUCAUCUCAUACAAACUCUAUUGUUCUUGAUUCCAAUGCUUGCUCCAGCCCUCAUGAUGGCACAAAAACAGAUGAAACUGCCAGUUACGUCGAGUUGAUUAGUGAAAUUUCACUGAUUUCAAAUAAACAACUCACCCAAGAAGACCUAGCUGCCAUGAAGAUCCAAGCAAUUUUCAGGGGCCAUCUUGCUAGACGAGCAUUUCGAGCGUUAAGAAGCCUGGUGAAAGUGCAAGCAUUAGUUCGAGGGGCGUACGUGAGGAAACAAACUCGUAUAGCCCUGCAUUGCAUGCAGGCACUUGUCCGACUGCAAGUUCGGAUUAGAGCAAGGCAACUCCAGCUCCUUGGCAAAUGUGAUUGAUUGAUACUAGUCGGCAAACACAAUUCAGAGAGCUUUCUAACAUCCAUAUAAUAAUUAGUUGGAGAAACUGUUUUAUUUUCUUCCUUUCUUGUCUUCUCUUUUUAUUCAGUCACUAAAGGCUUUUUUUUCUUCAGAUUCGGGGGAGAUCCCUCUUUUUUAUCCUGCAAUUUGCAGUUUUGUUCUCCUUUGAUUGGGUUGGUUUCGUGAUUGAAGAUUUAAUCCUAGAGGGCAUUCUGGUAAGGGACAAUGGCAAAGGCUUUUCUUCUGUGGAUUUCUUCUCAACUACCACAGUUCUUAUGCUUGGGUCAAAGAGUUGGAUUUUCAACGAAAAUCUUUUUAAUGAUACCUUUCAGUAUUUUGUAUUUAUAAGGCGAGUUUAGCGGAUAACUUAUAAACACGGCUCAAAUUUUAAUCAGGCUUAAAAGUGCAGAAGUUCAAUUCAAUAAAAAAUUCGACUCAGAUUUUAAAUAAAAAUUUAAUUUUUAAAGUUGUUUAGUAUUCGAUAAACAUCUAAAAAACUGAA